UGGACAGAAUUUAAAUAUUACAUAUCACUCCUCGCGUCUUUUGCAAGACUUAUAGUUUUAUCACAAGUGUUUGUUUUGACGUCUCUCCAAUUAAUAAUGAGCGAAAUGUCAGACCAUGUUGGAAAAAGAGCUUCCAGGCCUAAGGUCAAGUCAGGUUGCGUAACGUGCAAGUAUGGUUUGUUGACAUCCCAUUCAAGCAUAAUCUUAUGUUGACUUGAUACAACAUAGAUUUCGAAGAUUAAAAUGUGAUGAAGGGAAACCAGCUUGUUUUCGAUGUACUAAAUCCGGGAUUCGGUGUCGUGGUUACACCACCCAGGUGCCAACAGCAACGGAAACAAAAGAUGCUGCUCGAAAAGGCUUGGUCCCUAUACGCCCGGCACCACCAACUCUAGCAAAUCGUGAGCCUUCUUACCUGAACCUUAGCGAGCAAGAAUUGCUAUAUUUUCAAGAUUUUGCAUAUGCAGCUUCCGCCGACCCAUAUGGGAUGAUUAUGAAUACAGCACGCCGUACAGCUAGGUCGAUAGAGUCAUUCUUUUGGACCGAAGCCGUUCUCCAGGAAAGCUUUACUACACCAUGUGUUCGUCAUGGAAUCGUGGCGAUUUCUGCUCUUGUGCGGAGCUUUCAGUUGGACACUGACAACUCACAACGAGCCCAGGAUCAUGAACAAUUCGCAUUGAAGCAGUACGGCAAAGCGGUGCGGUCGACGAGAGAAUUUAUUGGAAUCCCCAAAUUUACGGCGGAGCAUUCAAGAGCACUAUUUAUUUCGUCUAUGAUACUGGCCCACUUUGAUUGUUUUUACGGCAAUCGAGAUCUAGCAACUUCUCACAUGCAAUUCGCUCGAUCAUUGCUUACGAAAGAGACCUCAAAGCUUCUUGAUGACCGAUUUGUUCGUGUCCUAAUGAGCCUCCAUAGUGUCAAUUAUUCCACUAUGGGUUUCGAGUCAGAAUUCUCUUAUCGCCAGGCCAUAAUUGGAAAAGAGCAGAUCUACAUCCCAGAAUUUUACUCUAGCGUAGAAGAAGCAGUCAAUACUCGAGAGAUACUCGUCACAAGAGCCAACAACCUCUAUUUAGAGAUAUUCAAAUACAGAUUUACGCCAAGAGCAAAAAUCCCUCGUUCGGCAAUCAGGCUGAGAGAUUGUUAUGUGGCGCAAUUAAGACAGUGGGAUGCUGCCCUUCGUCGAUCUACAUGGAUGUCCGAUGCCAAAACUGAAAUCCGUGGACAUCCAGUGCUAAGACCAUAUUCUUUGAGGAUGCGAGUGUUAGUCAGUAUUAUCAAGCUUGCCACAAGUCUCAACGAACCGCAAUCGAUCACGGACGAGCUACUCGAGCCAUUCCAGUACAUUGUCUCUUACACACGGGAUAUAAUAGAGUAUGAAACAUUUUUGUCCAAAGGUAUUUGCUAUCCAUUCUAGCAAUUUAUUAUACGCUAAUCAGAUGAACAGGCAAAGCGUCAUUUAAUUUUGAUAUCCGCACUACAAUACCGUUAUUUGAAGUUGCAUUGUACUGUCGCAAUUCACCAUCACUGCGUAGCGAAGCACUAAAACUACUACUUUUCUGUCACCGACGAGAGGGUGCAUGGGAUAGUCGUGUGAUUGCCAGGAUUGCGAUUUGGAAGAUGGCACUCGAACAACCAGGAAUGGAUGAAUCCGGAGCUAUACUUGAGAAUGUAAGAUGUUAUGGCGAGACUUUUGAAGUCGAUCGAUGGAAUAAAGAAGUUCGAGUUACCUGCAGGCAGAAUGACGAGAAUGUGCGUGAAGGUUAUCGAAUCGUUACGGACACCCUUCAAUAUGGAGAAGUGGCGAAUGAGCUCUUUCGCUCGAGUCUAGUCUAAAUUACACCUGGAAUUUCCCCAUCAUAAUCUUUCAUUACUCUCUUCCCAGGUGUAGAUGUUGCAUCCAGUACAUAUCUGUCACUAAUGUUAAUGUCAAUAAGAACAAUGAU